AUGCUUGACUCUACAGCAAACGACGACGACGACCCCGAGGUCGAAGAUGACAAUGAAGAUGACUCGGACUUUCACUCUCAAAGCGACUCCGACUCUGAUGGCUCCGAAAAGGCUGGUAGACUCAAGAAGGAAGAGGCGACACAGAAGAAGCCGCGAAGAAGACCGGUGAAGACUGCACGAGAGUACUGGCAGAGAGAGCUCGAAGAAGAAGCCGAAAGAGAGGCCGAACAGGAAGAAAAGAAGCGAAAGUGUGAAGACGAGGCUGAGGGUUCGAACAAAGCCCAAAAGACAGCAGCUGGAUCCCCUCAGAAACAGACCGCCAAACACUCAGCUGCCAGAGCGAGCAUGUUGCACAGCCUUAGCAGUGUGGACAAAAGCAUCAAGGAUGGGGAUGUGCCAACUAUGGGUGCCAUUCAGGCUCGCACCCACGCCGACCAGAUGAAGCAAAUCAUGAAAGGCAUCCCCGAAGGGUACGACACCAGACGCACCAGGUCACAGGCGAAAGACGUUGAACAAGCCAAAUCCUCUUUCGGCUACAGAAAGGUCGAAGCUCUUGAUGGGAGGUGGAAGCUUAAAGGCAUGAACACUGGCCUCAUGAACCAGCAGAUUGUCGCCUCAGCUUGGAUGGUCAAGAGAGAAGCUCAAGAGCUGCACCCCGCCGGGGGUUUGCUGGCUGAUGACAUGGGGUUGGGCAAGACAAUCACAACUCUUGCUUGCAUUGUUGGCCACCCCCCGGAGAAGGAGGAUCGUGAUGAGUUCAGCAGGGCGACGCUUGUCGUCGUGGGUGGCCCUCAAGAUGCACAGCAGUGGGCUGACCAAACCGAGAGGCACUGCGACGAAAAGUUCUUUGCCAAGACAACAAUCUACUCCAAGAAGAUCCCCUGGAGAGCGGCACAAUGGGGUCGACGCCACAUAGAGCUGGUAGCGCAGUUUCCCAACAAGAAUGUCAUUCAGGCACUGAGAGGACAGUGGGCCGGCGAUCCGGUGGGCUUCGAGAGAGCUCUGCAAGAAAAUCUUGGGCAGCUUUUCAAGAUCAACUGGUAUCGAGUCGUCCUGGAUGAAGCCCAUUCAAUCAAGAAUCGAACAUCUAGCACCACUCUCGCUUGCUGGCAACUGAGUGCCAAGUUUCGAUGGAUAGUCAGCGGAACACCCAUUUCAAACACGUUCUAUCCCUACCUGAGAUUCCUUGGGUGCAGUUUCGCUGUGAAUCUGAAAAAGUUCAAGUCCGAGUACAUGGACGGGGGACAUUCAAAUGGGAACUUCGAAGCUCUUGUUAGCUUGGUCAUGUACAGACGCAAGCAGGAUGAAACUUUCCUGGGACGUAGGAUCGUUAGUCUUCCGGAGAGCCACAGCCACGAUCUCUGGGUCCCCCUUGAGGAUUGGGAAAUGGCCAUGAUGCGGGCACUGGACAAUCAGUACGAAAAGGACGAAAAGAAAGAAAAGAAGAACAAGGAACAACCUGCCGCGGAGAACAAUGACGAGGAACAAGAAGAUGAAGACGAACCCGAGAAUACCGACCAAGCACAUGGAACUGCUGACGAGGAUGAAGAUGAUGAGGCUGAUGCACAGAACGAUACUCGCAAGCCCCAGUCUGCCACCGCGAUCCGAUGGAAACGAUUCGUGAGACUUCGUCAAGCGGUGUCCCACCCCCUCAACCUCGAGAAGUUUCUUCGAGAGUUAGACCGCGAAGAGAUCAUCCAGAUGGCCAUGGAGCGACUCAAAGAAGAGGCUGAAGCGAUUCAGAAUGAUGCUGACAAGGCGGAGGCCCACGCUGAACAACUAGCACAGGACAAAGCCGGCCGAGAGAUGUUUUCCGCAGGAGCCCACCAGAUCAAAACUCUGUACAAGGACUGGUUCGGUGGUGCUGAAGAGAUGGCUCAGCUACGCGCCCUUGCUGCCAAUGAGCAGGAAGUCAAAGAGGUGACUUGUGGCCUUUGCAAGAAGGCAACGCCCCCUGUGGAACCAACCCGAGGAGCAUAUUGCAUCACUGUUGGCGUUUCCAAGGCGAGAGGGUCAGUGAAGUUCGGAUUCAAAUGCCCUAUUCCCGACUGCUCCGCCAGCCUGGCUGUUGGAGAGACCUUGAAGACACCUGCGUGUAUCCAGGCAGACGUGGACAGAGCCAAGGCACUCAAGGUCUGGCAAGAGCCUGGGAAGGACAGCAUUGGAACCAAAUGGGGCGGCGAUCGCGACGGACGCGCCUCCUUCUUCCUCGCCACUUCUGAGCGCGAUGACAUCGACUAUGGCCCCGUCAACCUGCCUUUGGGCUCCAAGGUCAAGGCUACGAUGGAGGUGAUUCUGACAUGGGUGAAGGAAGCGCCCAAGGACAAGAUAAUUGGCAAGUCAUUCGGCUGGACACUCUACCAUUGGUCUCUAACUAUCUGUCUAGUCUUUGUCGAGUUCACCAGAACUGCGAAAGCACUGGGGUGCAUCCUUGAGAAGAUGGGGCUCAACUUUCUGUACUACAACAGAACGGCCAAUGCUAAGCAGAAAGACAAGGCACUGCGCGAGUUCCGCAACAACCCUGAACAAACGAUCUUUCUUGCAUCAAUGAAAUGCGGUGGGCAGGCCCUCGACUUGCCUGUGGCCAACCGUGUCAUCAUUGUCGACCUUUGGUACAACAAGACGGUCGAGCAGCAAGCCUUCAAGCGAGUUCACCGAAUCGGACAGAAGAAGGAGACGCAUCUUGUGCGAAUCCUGGCCAGAGGUAGCAUCGACGAGCGCCUCUACAAGCUGCAGAACGCCAAGGAAACCAUCAUCAACCGCGCACUCCAGGAUGAUGGCCACUUCAUCGACUUCUCGGAAGGCCAGUCCCUCCGCUGGCUCUUCUCGGACGAGACUGAAGAGGAUUUGAUCCAAGAAAUGGAUGCAAUGGCACAGGGAUUGAAAGACAAGGCGGAGGAGGAGAAGAAGGCCUGA